AUGUUGCAUCAAAGUCCUAUCUGUGUUCUUCUUCUAAUAAUUCUACUAACUGGAACUAGCCAAGGUCAUUUUCGUCGUUUGCUAUAUCCGAAUGGAGAACAAAGCAUUGUUCGAACGGAUGAUGAUCCUGGUGAACCUCUGUUUCUUACACCUUAUCUCGAACAAGGCAAAAUCGAAGAAGCAAGACGACUAAGUACUGUGAACUUACCACCUUAUACAGGACAAUCGUUUUCUGGUUAUUUAACUGUGAACAAACAAUACAAUUCCAACAUGUUCUUUUGGUUCUUCCCUGCCCAAAAUGGCAAUCGAAGCGCACCUGUUCUUCUUUGGCUUCAAGGUGGUCCUGGUGCUACCUCAUUAUUUGGCCUAUUUGUGGAAAACGGUCCAAUACAAGUUAACGAUGCCGGACAGCUAAGUCAACGAUCGAUCACCUGGAAUUCAAUGUAUCAUUUAUUAUACAUUGAUAACCCGGUUGGUACCGGAUACAGCUUCACAGGUAGUGACCAAGGUUAUGCACGAACACAGGAUGAUGUUGCACGAGAUCUCUACUCUGCUUUGACACAAUUCUUUCAAAUCUAUACUGACUAUGCCAACAAUCCAUUCUAUGUGACCGGUGAAAGUUACGCAGGGAAAUAUGUACCAUCAAUUGGAUAUAAGAUACAUGUCGAAAAUCAAAAUCCACAAGUGAAAGUUAAAAUUAAUUUAGCUGGACUUUCGAUGGGAAACGGAUGGACAGAUCCUUACCGGCAGUAUAUGUAUGGGCCACUUCUCUACCAGAUCGGCUUGGUUGAUAGUAAUCAAUUGUUUUAUAUCGAUCUUCAAUCAGACUUAAUUCGUUACGCGAUAAGUCAAAAACGUUUUACGGACGCAUUUAAGAUCUCCGAUGCUCUAAUGGAUGGAGAUCUUAUCAAUACUACAUCUUACUUUACUAAUGUUACAGGUUUACGAGCCUAUUUCAAUUACAUUCAAACUGACAUGCCUCCUUCAAUGUCAUAUUAUGUGAAAUUUGUCACAAGUACUGCACGUCGUCAACAGAUUCAUGUAGGUAAUUUAACUUUUCAUGAUGACAAUACAGUCGAAACUAUGCUCAUCGAUGAUGUCUACCAAAGUAUUCCAUCCGAGAAGCUAAUUACACUCUUUGAUAACUACAAAAUUCUUAUCUAUAAUGGAUUAUUGGAUAUAAUUUGUGCGGAGAGUUUAACAUUGAACUGGUCUGGAAAGUGA